AUGGCUUCGACCGACCAACUUCUCCAACGGGCUGCACAGGACGGAACGUGGGACUCAGACUUAUGGCCCCGCGUUCUGGAAGACUUGCUUGAAAGGCUAGACAAGAUCGUCCUGACUGAAUUCCCCAUUCCCGUCCUUCCACGUGAACCUGCACCACAACAAACACUUUCUCAAGGUCAACUCGGCUCGCCCUCUGCAGCACGACCAUCCAGUCAAGGGUCACAGGCGUCAUCGAACAAAGAGAAUGCCCCUGUAAAAACGAAAUCGCCCGCACGAGCGUCAUCGCCGACGCCGCAACCAGCGGCGGCAUCUUCGUCCUCUCGACCGCCAGUACCAUCUUUCUCGGAGGCGGACGACACCGAGAGCACAUUACCCGCAGACUAUCCUCCAGAUCUGGCCGCGCUUCACAAAAGCAUUAAAAGCAGUUUACGCAAUGGGUUCCCACGCUACCCACCACACACGGUGCAGCGACUGGCGGAGUUGAUUUUGUUUCCUAGGCGUCACUAUCGAUUUCUGCCUAGCUAUCUUCACGCACUGGAUCGCGUGGUCAAUGUACAAAGCUCUACGCGAUUGUUUCCUCUUCCGCAGGCGUCGCUGCCUAUUUCGACUGGCGUGCUGAACGGGGCAAGUGCGGUUCCUGCUAUCUCGAGGCAUGCACCAGAGCUUGGAAGUGACGAGAGUCUGGGCGGGGCGCUUCUCACGCCCAUACCGUGGCUGGUCAACAGAACCGAAUCCCAACGCUCGACGGGCUCCUCGUCGGCAGGUUCGUCGGGUUCGCAAAAUGACAGGGAAUUGCAGACCAGCAGCACAGAAAUGGUGGAUGGUCCGAACGGUGCUGGCAGGAUUGAGACAGUCAAUGUGGUUAACGGCGUUAUGACGACUGUCGCAAGCCAACCUGCGCUGGGACUGGGUGAUGCUGGUCGAGACGCAGAGUCCACUGGUGCGGAAGAAGGAAUGCGUGCUGAUGGUGCCGUUACUCAGGGCGAGCUCCUCAGACAGGAGCAAGAAGCAGGCGUAGUUCCUUUGCAGCGUCGAGGACUACGCUUGACAGAAGAGGAGAUGAGUGAGCUACCUGAUGAAGAGAAUUCGCGGGAUGAGCAGAAUGAGGACGAGCAGCCGCACGCGCGUGGCCCGGACAUCAUCGGCCACGAGGACAUUGGACCCCAGGACCGCCCAAUCGGUGGGGCUCUUGACCUGGAAGCCGCUGUGGGCAGGCGAGGGGCAAGGGAGACUAGCUUAGAUCCCGAAGAUGCGAGUCUGAGCGACGCUGGGGGAGGCCGCGAGGAUGAUAUGAGAGAUGCGGAUGGAGAUGGGGAGGACACAUCUGGUGCCGCACCCCCUGUGGACGAUAUGGAGGCGGCGAGCGCUGAUCUCGAGAUAGCGAAUGCGCAUCCGGAUUCUGAAGCGAAAAUGCAGGACAUAUGA